AUGGGCUCCGUCAACAGCGAAACCCCAGCGCUCGCCACCAAUCCCAAGUUCAUCUUCUUUACCGACUUCGACGGAACCGUGACCACCGCCGACUCCAAUGACUACAUGACGGACAACCUGGGCUACGGCGUGGAAAAGCGCCGCCAGGGCAACAAGGAUGUGCUGGAAGGCAAGAUGAACUUCCGCGACUCGUUCCAGGAGAUGCUCGACAGCGUCACCACCCCUUACAACGAAUGCAUCGACACCCUGCUGGAGAACAUCAAGCUCGACCCGGGCUUCAAGGAGUUCUACGACUGGUCGCGGGAGAACAACGUUCCCAUUGUCAUUCUCAGUGGCGGCAUGACGCCCAUCAUUCGCGCCCUGCUGGACAAGCUACUAGGACCCGGGUGGGACAUUCAGAUUGUCAGCAACGACGUGCGGCCCAGAGAGGGCAAGACGAUCAACGACAAGGGAGGGUGGCGGAUCCAAUUCCACGAUGACAGCAUUCACGGCCACGACAAGUCUAUCGAGAUUCGGAAGUACUCGUCUUUGCCUGACCGCCCCACCAUGUUUUAUGCCGGUGACGGCGUCUCGGAUUUGUCUGCUGCCAAGGAGACUGAUUUGCUGUUUGCAAAGGCUGGCAAGGAUCUUGUCACUUGGUGCGAGAACGAAAAGGUGCCUUUUGUCACUUUCAAAGACUGGACUAGCAUUACCCAGACUGUGAAGGAUAUAGCGGCUGGAAAGACUACCGUUCAAGACGCCGCCAAGGGCCGUCUGUGA